AUGCCCCAUCGCCAGUUAGAACAACUAGCAACACAUCGCUGCCUAUUUUACGACUCUGGUGAUCCUUGUUUCGUGGAUUCACGCUGGUCCGAAAGUGGUUUAGCAGUAUAUUAUAUCAAACAUGGUCUUCCACAUCUAUAUGCACACAUAUGUGAUAUGAAGCGUCAGAAAUUCAUGCCUGAUGAUGCAUUCGUGUGCAGAAAGCACAUACAGCGGCUUGAAGCCCAAUACCAACGUAUUAAUAGAAGUAUUUCUUUACCUGCACAAGGCCCCGUAAAAAUUGAACGGCACCGACGUCCACAGUCUUCUUUGGCCGGGCGUUCGAUAGAAAUUGAACGGACAUCUGAAAAUGCUAACCAUUGGGAUCAGCGCAGUAGUUCAAGUGACGCUGCUUCUCGAUCUUUGCAUCAAAAGGAUAUUAUAUACACUUGGCCGAGAUAUAGUACAACACACUUAAAAAUCAUCAGAGUAGAUAAAUAUCAUGAAACAAUUGGUGAAUUGAAGAAACGCAUUAUUGAAACGUGGUCAUUGAAUGACGUUAAACUCGAACAGCUGGCUCUAUAUGGAUUUGAUCAAAACUCUGGUCGAGACCAUUCGCUGGAAGGCGUACCAGACAAUACAUGUUUGAGAAUACUCUGGAAAGAACCUGACCCAUAUGUUUACUUCGAUGUAAAACGCAAACCAAAUGCACAUAAUAAAUUGGACAUAGCAUCUAAACCUCCUGAGUCGAACGCUAAUGAUCUUGCAAAGAUGCAUGUUGUAGAUCCAACAUCUUUCCCUGGCAAACCUGCAAAGAAAUUAAGUCAGUCGUCGAACGUUACUUCUUCAUAUCAUGAAAUACCACCCGGUCUGUGUGGACUCGAUAAUAGUGGUAACACCUGUUACAUGAACAGUGCGCUACAAUGUCUUAGUAAUAUACAACCUCUAACUGAUUUCUUUAUACACGAAGAAACUUAUAAGUUUGUCAACUCUAACAAUCCAGCCGGAACUGGAGGGCGUGUUGCCUUAGCAUACAGCAGUUUGAUCCAAGAAAUGUGGUCUGCUAAGUUAGACAAAUGUACGCCAACUAUGUUAAAAGAAGCAAUCGACAGAUACACCACACAAUUCACAGCAUAUGAACAACACGACAGUCAAGAAUUUAUGGGAUUUAUUCUCGAUGCUCUACACGAAGAUCUCUUGAGUUCGCAGACUAGAUCUUCACCUAUAUCCCGUCUUUUCCAAGGGCAACUUGAGAGCAGUGUUCGUUGUUGGAAGUGCGAUACUGUUGUACAAACGGUAAGCGCAUUUAAUUUUCUGUCUAUGCCAAUAACAUCCAGUAAAUCACGAACGAACCUGUCCGAAUGUAUGGAAGAAUUUUUAAAGCCCGAGACCAUUGGGAAACAUGGUAAAUGGUACUGCAACAACUGUCGUCAACAGACAGAUGCCAGAAGAUACAUGAAAAUCAAAUCUUUACCACCGGUACUUAUUCUUCAACUCAGACGAUUCGACACAUUUCCUGGACGACAAAUAAAUAACAAGAAAAUUCGAACAAGUGUUGAUUAUCCAGUAGAGAAUCUUAGUCCACAUGAUCUGGCAGCCGACCUGUCAUCCACAGCUCGAUACGAUCUUGUGGCGGUUUCGAUUCAUCGUGGGGCAACGUUGCAGUCAGGACACUAUCUCACUAUUGCAAUGAAUCAUACAAACAAGCUUUGGUAUGAGUUUGACGAUUCUCUUGUCACAUCGGCGAAUCCGGAAGAUAUACGAAAUCAAGAUGCUUACAUUCUAUGUUAUGUUCGCAAAGAGCUAACUAGAAUUCCCUUGAAAACUUCAUAG